AUGGCUCAUCGAUCGGUCAAAGUUGCAGUGAUCGGAGCCGGCGUGUCCGGCCUCAUAGCCGCCAAGGAGCUUCAAGAGCAAGGGCACACCGUCGUGAUUUUCGAGAAGAACAACCGCGUCGGAGGAACAUGGGUUUACGACCCAAAAACAGAUUCCGAUCCUCUCAGCAUAGAGCCGACCCGAGAAAUCAUUCACAGCAGCCUGUACCAGUCUCUCCGUACGAAUCUUCCAAGGCAAGUGAUGGGAUUUUUGGACUACCCUUUCGGCAAGCGAGAAUCCGGUGACCCGAGAAGCUUCCCGGGUCACGAGGAAGUGGUCCGUUUUCUGGAGGAUUUUGCGGGUGAGUUUGGGAUUUAUGGGUUGACCCGAUUUGAAACGGAGGUAGUGAAGGUUGAGAGGAAAGGGAAAGAGAAAGGGAAAGGGAAGGAGUGGGUGGUUGAGUCGAGGCUUACUCGGGGAAGUGACUCGGUGAGUCAUGAAGUGUUUGAAGCGGUUGUUGUGUGUUCGGGUCAUUUUGUAGAACCGAAACUUGGUGUGGUUCCUGGAAUUGAAAACUGGCGGAGGUUUCAAAUGCAUUCUCAUAAUUAUAGAGUGCCUCAUUCUUUCAAAGAUCAGGUUGUGAUUUUAAUUGGGCUAGGACCUAGUUCAUUUGACAUCUCAAGAGAUAUUGCACAUGUGGCAAAGGAACUUCAUGUCGCCACUAAACCAAAUCCACUAUUGAAGGAUAUCAACUUCCAAACUGUUGCCAAUAUAUCUUUCCAUUCUUUGAUAGAAUAUGUACAUGAAGAUGGCUUGGUUACCUUUGAAGAUGGAUUCUCUACUUAUGCAGAUGCCAUAAUUCACUGCACAGGGUACAAAUACCACAUUCCUUUCCUAGAAACCAAUGGAAUAGUAACCAUUGAAGAUAAUCGCGUUGGCCCACUAUACAAACACGUUUUCCCUCCUUCACUGGCUCCAUGCCUCUCUUUCAUUGGUUUAACAUAUAGAGAAACAAUCUUCAAUGUAAUUGAGUUACAAGCCAAGUGGGUUGCAAGAGUUUUAUCUGGCAAGAUUCUUUUACCGACGGAAGAAGAGAUGACGGAGUCUGUUCAAAAACUUUAUCAAUUCAUCGAGGAAAAUGCGUUGCCAAAACGUCACACUCAUUCACUUCGUCCCUUUCAGGCUGACUACAAACAAUGGUUAGUGGCAGAGAUUGGGUUGCCUCCGUUGGAAGAUUGGAGGGAGAAUAUGUUGAUGGCAUGUUUUAAGAAUUUUGUCGAAAUGAAGGAAAUGUAUAGAGAUGAAUGGGAUGAUAAUUAUUGGGAUUCCAUCAUUCAGAGUGGAUCAUCUUUCGAAGAGGAAAAGAUAUCGAAUGUAUAA